AGGUAAACAAAACGCUGAGCCAAUCAGAGAGCGGAGGCUCGGUCAGCUGACAGGUUGUGGCGUCACCUCAGACGCUGUGUUGUCAAAAUGGCAGGACACCACCACCACUUCUCUCUGUGCUUCUGCGACUUGAUGAGGUUGCUGUGGUCCCUGGUGAUGCCCUGCGUCUACCUCAGCCUGGCCCUGACCCUGCUGCUGCUCCUGGUUCUGCUGGGGCUCCGCGUGUGGUUUCAGGGUCGCCGCAAGACCCGCCGCGCUCAGGACGGCGGCCCGGCUGUGGCUUUCUUCCACCCGUACUGCAACGCAGGAGGAGGCGGAGAGCGGGUGCUCUGGUGCUCCCUGAGGGCCCUCAUGAACCGAUACUCCAAUGUCUCCUUUGUGGUGUACACGGGGGACAAGGGAGUGACUGGUCAACAGGUCCUGGAGGGGGCGCGGCAGCGUUUCAACAUAACUCUGCCCCGACCCGUCACCUUCAUCUUCCUGCGUCACCGCGGCCUGGUGGAGGCCACUUCGUACCCUCACUUCACCCUGCUGGGACAGAGCCUGGGCUCCAUGUUUCUUGGGUGGGAAGCUCUCACAGCUUUUGUUCCUGACCUGUACAUCGACUCCAUGGGCUACGCCUUUACGCUUCCAAUCUUCCGCUACUUGGGAGGCUGCAAGGUGGCGAGCUACGUCCAUUAUCCCACCGUGAGCACGGACAUGUUGUCUGUGGUCAGAGAGAGGAACCCCAGGUUCAACAAUGCGGACUUCAUCUCCAGAAACCCGGUUCUGAGCGCCCUGAAGGUGCUGUACUACUGCCUCUUCGCUCUGCUCUACGGCCUGGCCGGCUCCUGCAGCGACGUCGUCAUGGUGAACUCCACCUGGACGCUGGGACACAUCUUGGCCCUGUGGCGCUGCCCUGGCCGCACCAGCGUGGUGUACCCGCCGUGCGACGUCAGGGCCUUCCUGGACGUCCCGCUGGAGGGGGAGGAGGACGAAGACGAGCUGGAGGAGGGCUGGGAGGAGCUGGGGGGCGAAGAGGACGGAAGAGGAGGAGGAGACAGGAAGUGCCACUCCAUUGUGUCCGUGGGUCAGUUCAGGCCGGAGAAGGACCACCCGCUGCAAAUCAGAGCGUUUGCCAAGCUGCUGGACAGGAAGGGGGACGGGCCCGGGGGCCGGGAGGCGCUGCGGCUGGUGCUGAUCGGCGGCUGCAGGAACCGGGAAGACGAGGACCGGGUGCUGAUGCUGCGGGGGCUCUGUCAGGAGCUCGGCGUCUCCGACCGCGUCGACUUCAAGCUCAACGUUCCCUUCGACGAGCUGAAGAGGGAGCUGGUGAGCGCCACCAUCGGGCUGCACACCAUGUGGAACGAACACUUCGGCAUCGGAGUGGUGGAGUGCAUGGCCGCGGGAGCCAUCGUACUCGCCCACAAGUCAGGCGGCCCGAAGCUGGACAUCGUGGUGGCGCACGAGGGCAGGCAGACGGGCUUCCUGGCAGACAGCGAGGACAGCUACGCCGCGGCCAUGGAAACCAUCCUGACGCUGACGCCUUCGGCUAAGCUGGAGAUAAAACACGCAGCGCGGGAAUCCGUGGGGCGGUUCUCAGACCAGGAGUUCAACACUUGUUUCCUCGCCGCCACUGAGGCGCUGAUGAAUCAGAUGGUGCGGUGAGGACGAAUGAAGGAGACCUGGUGUCCAACUGGGACUAGAGACGGCUGUCUGUACAGAAAGCCAGCAGGCUGGAAUUUGAAAACAGAAGAAGCUCAGGAGAGGAAGAAUGCACCGAGUGAUCUGAGUCACUUCCUUUCUGCUGUCUUUUUUGGAAAGCUUUUCCUACUUCACACUUUGUAACUUACACUAAUAUCACUGGGCAGUGAUCUUAUGUCUGUUUAAAACAAGCUAAGCUAACAGUUGAAGCACAACACAGUGCCUCAUUAUUACAUUACUUACCAGUAAAUAAGACAUUUCUAAAUUAGUCAAAUUUCUCUGCUUGCCCUCCAGAUAAAAAUCUUCACUCUGUGGAGACUGAGGAGAAAGAACCUGAACAUUCCCAUCGAUAUGUAGAAAUGCAUUGUGGGUCGUAUGAAUGACGGCGUGUUCCAGGCCCAUAUGUGGAUGUGCGUUUCCUGAACCGAGUAAAAUAUAGUCCAGGUUUCAGGAAACUCUCUGUAGUUGUGAACUGAUGAAUGUUUAGGGUCAUGUUUAAAGAGGAUCAUCUUGACAUUUGACUCAAAUAGAUGAAUGAAAGUUUUUGCGGUUGUUUAAUUGGUCAAUCAUCUGGUUGUCACACAUCCUCACUUCAGGAUGCAGUUCAGUCUGAUUGGUUUAUGCAAAGAGGCGUUUAGUUUCCCCCUUCUGCUUUGAGUGUUUCUGUUUUUACUAAGCUGGACUUGGAUUAUACUCACUGUCAACUAAUCUGGGGAGAAUUAUAGCAACUGUAAAACAGAUUUUUUUUUUUUUUGAGUUUCGUUCUGGGUUUUACUGUGGAUGCUGACAUGAUUUUGAAGAGAAUAAUUUUUUCUGACUUCUAAAACAAUGAAAUGGGUUACGUUAAUAUGAUUUUUCUGUCAUUAGAGGUUAAGUUAAAAGGCUUUCUCUUGUUGCUGCUUCGUCUAAUCUCUAUAGUUAUAUUUAAUAUGAAGGUUUAGCUGAGGUGAAUGCCAAAUCUACCUUGUCUGGAUGUUGUUGCUCUCCUCCCGCAUUCCUGUUUUUGAUUGGCAUGAUGAUAUAAUAAAAGGUGUAUUACAAACCCUCA